AUGACAUCUCCGCCAGAAGAGAGUCCGUCGCUAUUGCUGAAGCUCUCGGCAGAGUUGAUAGUGUGGAUCGCAGAAGAAUGCGAGCCUACUGAUCUGCCGAACCUCCGCCUCAGCUGUCGAGAACUGACGGCUGCAAGUCAAGAUGCUUUCCUGGAGCGCUUCUUCUGCACGAGAUACACUGUGCUGGCCGACCCGACAAGCAUGCGGAAUCUUGUACAAAUCACGGCAGCUCCUCAGCUAUGUAAGAAGAUUAAGCAUCUACGGUUCUCGCUAGCCGUCUUGUCGGACGACAGCGGUGACUACACGCGCAGAAUACUCGAGUGUCGAGGCGACCAACUUCGGCCUACAUGUGCAGACAGAGCUAAGAACGAAGCACUUCGUGGCGUUUACAGAAGGUUGACCAAGGAAUGGGAAGACUAUAAAUGGACAAGUACUUGCGAUGAUCUGUUCGCCAUCUUGACGAACCUUGCCAAUUCCAAAGCUGAACCGCCGUACAUCUCCAUGGUCGACGACAGCCCGGAUUACGAAAGUCGAGACCUACCUUCUGCACACGGUCGCCUUAGCAGCGAGUUAGGCUAUGAAGAAUGCUUGACAAUUGCCAGGUUUAUGCCCAGGGCGCCGUUCGAGCUGGUCAUGGGAGCAAUACACCUCACGGGAUUUCCUGUCAAACGGCUUGCCUGUGGCAGUGCCCGCCAUCCUAUUCACUUGGCCGCGUUUAUCGGUGUGACCUCCUUGACAUCUCUCCGCGUAUUGGAGCUCGAUCUAAAGUGCGACAAUCACCACUUCUUCUUCGGACAAAAUCAACAAGAAGCGGCCUCGGCCAUGGCGCUCCCAGACGCUCUCCUUCACGCAAAGCAGCUGGAGUCCUUGACCCUAAGCCAGACCUUCGCCAUGGCCCGAGAGGCAUACCAAAAUGUCAUCUUCAGAAAGAUAGUAGAGUACUCUAAGCUUUACCAGGAUCAGUUCUUGCCUAGACUCCGAGUGUUGAGGUUUGAUGGCUAUUUGGGCGACAUUGCACUGAUGGAACGCUUCAAGCAGCUCAAGUUGCCGAUGCUCUCUGAUGUCGUCGUUCGAGGAGCGAAUUUCGUGGACUUUGGUCCCGGCCCACUGUUGAUGGGUUGA